AUGUACAAGACAAAGUUACAAGAACUGUGCCACCAGAGAAGAUGGGGUUUGCCUAAGUACUCUGCCGUCAAAGAUGGUCCAGAUCACAUACCAAGCUUUAAGGCUUCUGUUUAUGUCAAUGGUGUCAGCUUCACUUCUUCUAGUGCCUCUAGUUCCCUUAAAGAAGCUAAAAACCAAGCUGCCAUGUUGGUUCCUUUGCUGUUUUUUCUUGAUGAGGAUGAUGGUCUUGAGAUCUAUGAUAGUUUUGUAAUGGUUCUUGCAAGUGACCAUUGUUCUUUUCCAUUUCAACAUCUAACAACAUCAAUCAAUUCAAUUCUAGGUAUGGACUGUAUUCACAAAAACCAGCUGCCGAACAAUGCUAGAAUGAACAGUCUUGAUUCAUCUGUGUUUGCAUGUAAAACUGAGGACCUGCCUCCUGCCAAUGACUUUAAGACCACAGUGCUAGUUAAUGGGCAAUCUAUAGAAAGCCCUUCAUUUUCCAACACUAUAAAAGAGACAAACCAAGCUUCCCAUUUAAUGUCAUUGUUACCUGACUUCUUUAAGGGUGACUCUGAUUCAUUCAAGACUAAACUAAUGAAAUUAACUGAGAAAGAAAGUUGUCGCAUGCCAACAUAUAAAACUAUGCAGACUGGUUCUUUCCAUAUGCCAACUUUCUUCUCAACCUUGGAAGUAGAGGGUGUGGAAUUUCAUGGAAAGGGAUGUAGAUCCAAGAAAGAUGCAGAAGAAGAUGCUGCAAAGAUUGCUUACAUUGCCUUAAAACAGUGUGGACUUAAUAUGUAUACUGCUUUUUCUCCUUCUCAAAUAGAACAUAAAUCAGUACUAUCAAUUCUUAACUCAGACAUUGUUAAAUGCAUUCAGAAUGUCAAACUUGAAGACUUGAAUGAGACAUUACUUGCUAAUGUCAAAGUUAGCAACGAGGAGGUGCAAAACUCAUCUUUUCUACAAUCACCUGAUGAAUAG